UCUGCCGGGCUGCUUGUGCUCAGGCUCUGAGGGACUCUCUGUGCGCCCCCGGGACAAAGGAUAGUCACCGGGCGGAGCGGGAGGAGGAGGCGGCGGAGGAGGAGGAGGAGGAGGAGGGGUGGGCGCGAGGGCGCGGGCCGGGCGCUUCCUGGAUGGGCGUGUCUUCGGGCCGCCGCCGCAGCCAAUCGUCAGCCAUGGUGAAGCUGGCCAACCCGCUGUACACCAACUGGAUCCUCGAGGCCAUCAAGAAGGUGAAGAAGCAGAAGCAGCGGCCGUCGGAGGAGCGAAUCUGCAAUGCGGUGUCUAUGUCCCAUGGCCUGGACCGCAAGACGGUGCUGGAGCAGCUGGAGCUCAGUGUCAAGGAUGGCUCCAUCCUCAAGGUCUCCAACAAGGGGCUCAACUCCUAUAAGGACCCCGACAACCCGGGCCGCCUGGCCUUCUCCAAGCCGCGAAGCGGCGGCGGAGCAGGUGGCGGCUCCAACUCUGGCAGGAGGACGGGGCUGGACUGGAACAAACUGAUCAAGCGGGCCCUGGAGGGCCUCCACGAGCCAGGCGGCUCCUCGCUCAAGAGCAUAGAGCGCUUCCUGAAAUGCCAGGGGGACGUGGCGGCCUACCUGUCCGGGAGCAGCUCCAUGGGGCCCGCCGUGUUCCACCAGCAGCUGCGGGUGGCCGUGAAGCGCGCCAUGGCCCACGGCCGGCUGGUCAAGCAAGGCCCGCUGUACCGCCUGAGCGGCAGGGGGCCGCAGUCUGAGGGGAGCCUCAGCCUCUCGCUGGACUCCCUUCCUCCCGUCCGGCUGCUGCCACACGAGAAGGACAAGCCGGUGGCAGAGCCCAUUCCCAUCUGCAGCUUCUGUCUGGGGACGAAAGAGCAGAACCGGGACAAGAAGCCAGAGGAGCUCAUCUCCUGCGCUGACUGCGGGAACAGCGGCCACCCGUCAUGUCUGAAGUUUUCUCCAGAGCUCACGGUGCGAGUUAAAGCCCUGUGGUGGCAGUGCAUAGAGUGCAAGACCUGCAGCUCCUGUCAGGACCAGGGCAAGAAUGCGGAAAACAUGUUGUUCUGUGACUCGUGCGACCGGGGCUUCCACAUGGAGUGCUGUGACCCCCCUCUGAUGCGGAUGCCAAAAGGUAUGUGGAUCUGUCAGAUCUGCCGGCCAAGGAAAAAGGGAAGAAAGCUCUUACACGAAAAAGCAGCACAAAUCAAACGGCGCUACAACGCACCCCUGGGGCGUCCCAAAAACAGGUCAAAGCGGCCAUUCAAGAAGCUGCACGGGCAGGGAGGGCGCGGGCGUCGGCGGCGUGGCGUCGGAGGGGCGGACCGGCGCUCCCAGGGCUCCUCCUCGCCCCCUUCCUCCUCCAGCUCGUCCUGCGAGGGGUACCCGGGCGACGACCGCCUGCUCUUCCCGCUGAGGGAGGAAGACUCCACAGAGACAGGGCUGUGCUUCAACAAGAAGACCAAGGGCCUGAUCGACGCCCUCACCAAGUUUUUCACCCCCUCCCCGGACGGCCGCAAGGCCCGGGCCGAGGUGGUGGACUACUCCCAGCAAUACCGCAUCCGCAAGAAGGGGAGCCGCAAGGGGGAGUCCGACGAUCGGGUCGGAGACAAUCAGGAGUGUGGAGACGACUGGCGUGAGGACGAGGACAGGUUGCCCGGGCAGGAGAACCUGACUGAGAAAGAUGUGGAGCUUUUCAGACACAUCCAGGAGCUGGCACUACAGAAAGUGGGGGUGACGGGGCCACCGGACCCCCAGAUGCGCUGCCCGUCUGUCAUUGAGUUCGGGAAGUACGAGAUCCAGACGUGGUACUCCUCCCCGUACCCGCAGGAGUACAGCAGGCUGCCCAAGCUGUACCUGUGCGAGUUCUGCCUGCGCUACAUGAAGAGCCGCAGCAUUCUGUUCCAGCACAUGCGCAAGUGCAACUGGUUCCACCCCCCUGCCAACGAGAUCUACAGGAAGGACAGCGUGUCUGUGUUUGAGGUCGAUGGGAACGUCAGCACUAUAUACUGUCAGAACCUGUGUCUCCUGGCCAAGCUCUUCCUGGACCACAAGACCCUGUACUACGAUGUGGAGCCCUUUCUGUUCUACGUGCUGACCCAAAACGACAGCAAGGGUUGCCACCUGGUGGGAUACUUCUCCAAGGAGAAGCACUGCCAGCAGAAGUACAAUGUGUCCUGCAUCAUGAUUCUUCCGCAGUAUCAACGCAAGGGCUACGGGCGCUUCCUCAUCGACUUCAGUUACCUGCUCUCCAAGCGGGAGGGCCAGCCGGGCUCUCCGGAGAAGCCGCUGUCGGACCUGGGCCGGCUGUCCUACAUGGCGUACUGGCGCAGCGUGGUGCUGGAGUGUCUGCACGAGGUGCGCGACAGGCAGCUCACCAUCCGCCGCCUCAGCAAGAUCACGGGCAUCUGCCCCCAGGACAUCACCACCACCCUGCACCAUCUCAACAUGCUGGAGCAGCGCGGGGACCGGUUGGUUCUGGUACGCAGGGAGAAGCUGGUUUCCACUCACAUGGCCCGGCUGCGGGCCAACCCCCGGCAGCUGGAGGUGGACCCCGACUGUCUGCGCUGGACCCCCGUCAUUGUCACCAACACUGUGGUGUCGGAGGGCGAAGGGGAAGAGGAAGAUGAGGAGGAGGAAGAGGAGGACGGUGACGAGCCAGCGUGCAAGGAGAACAAGCCGAGCCAGAAGACCUCCCCGCUGAUCUGGCACGUGCGAGGAGAGAGGGAGGAUGACGAAGAGAGGAAGUGCUUCCCGGUGUUCCCGAACAGCCAGAGCUCCCCGGUGUCGUCUCCGGUGCGCAGCGCCCAGCCCAGCCCCGACGGCCCCCCUCUCCCCCCAGCCAACGGGGAGCGCCGGGGCCGGGGCCGGCCGCCCAAGAGCUGGCUGUGGGGCAAGGUGAAGGACGGGCCGCGGCCGGAGAGGGGGCGGCCCCGGAAGCCACGCCCCGGGGAGGACGAGGAGGCGGAGGACGGGGCGGACGCCGCCGAGGUCUCCGCUCCCUCCCUCUCCCCGCCGGCCCUCCUCGCCUCGGAGAAGGAGUCCGAGGCCAACCCCGCGCGGCCCAAGGAGAUGGCCAGGCACCCCGCCGCACCCGCCCCGCGCAGCAGGGGGCGCCCUCCCCGGAAGAAGCGGGGGCCCAAGCGCAGGCUGAGCGAGGGGCCCGGGGAGGCCCCGCCGGCCCUGCCCCCGGCACCCCGGCUCAGCGAGCCCCCGCCGGUCCGCAGGGGCUGCUUCAGCGAGAGCAGCGAGGAGGAUGAGGACGACGAAGAGCUGAGGCCUCGCUCCCCGCCCAUCCUCACCAAGCCCACGCUGGGCCUGAAGUGCAAGAAGACUCUGCGGAAACGCCGCAUGCGCCAGCGCAGCCACCCCCACAGCAGCGUGGUGACCGAGACCAUCUCGGAGACCACCGAGGUGCUGGACGAGCCCUUCGUGGACUCGGACACCGAGAGGCCCAUGCCCAGGCUGGAGGAGGAGACGCCGCUGGGCUGCCCGCUCCGCCGCUACCCGCCGGCCCGCGCCGCGCUCAGGCACCUGGCCCCGGUGCCCAAGAGGGGGCGGCGGUCCCACCUCACCGAGUCGGAGGAGGAAGAUUCCACCCCGGUGCUGAAGCCCAUCGCCGCGCUGCACAAGCCUGAGCCGAGCGGCCCGGCGGAGGGAGCGGACGCCGCGGAGACCCCCGCGGCCCCCGUGAAGAAGAAGAAGGGCUGGCCCAAGGGCAAGAGCCGCAAGCCGCUGCACUGGAAGAAGCGGCCGGGCAGGAAGCCGGGCAGCGGGGCCGGCCAGGGCGCGGGGGAGGCGGGAGACGCGGGCCAGGCCGCCCCCUCGUCAGUCAACCCGCCGCCCCCCAAGAUCAAAAUGAAGCCAGGCAGGAAGCCACGCAGCUACUACUUGCAGCGGGCCCAGGAGGAGGCGGCCCGGCAGGAGCUGGAGAGGAAGCAGGUGCUCCAGCAGCAGCAGCAGCAGCUGGAGAAGCAGCAGCUGGAGGACCGGGCUGGUAAGAGGCCCUCCAGGGCCGCCGACCGCGACGGCGAGAAGCGCAAAGACUCGGAUGAGGAAGAGGAGGACGAGUACGUGAAGAAGCGCAGGGAGGAGAAGCCCAAGCGACGGGGGCGGCCGCCCAAGAGCGCGUCCCUGCCCCCGCCGAUCCGCAAGCCGCCCCUCUCGGAGGGAGAGGAGGAGGAGGAGGGCGGCGAGGAGGAGGAGUCGUGGUCGGAGGAGAAGCGAAGCUGCCCGCCCUCUCGGACCCUGCCGCCGUCCUCGCUGGUCGGUCCCCGGGCCCCCCCGCCCAGGACGGAGCUGGAGGCCGUGGAAGCGGAGGACAGAGAGGAGCCGGAGUGCCCCAGCCUGGGCAGCAAGAGGAUGGCUGUGAUCACCGGCACCGGCGGGCGGCGCAGCGAUGACCACGACGCCGACGACGAGGGCGAUGGGCACCCCGAGAGCAAGAGCGACGCCAGCGGUAAGAAGCGCAAGAGCCCCGACUCCGAGGACGAGGAGGAGGAAGACGAGGAGGAGGACGAGGAGCCAACAUCGCCCACUCGAUCGCCACCCGUCAAGGAGGAGCCGCAAGGAGGGGAAGGUUUUUUAGACACGGAGGGGAGCGUGGGGAGAGAUUAUGUCAGCAAGCAGGAGGAGGACGACGAGGACGAGGAGGAGGAAGUGGAGGAGGAGCAGCAGGAGGUGAAAACCCGGACGGACGGGCAGGAUGAGCGGCGGCGGCGGGAGCAGGAGGAAUCAGCUGCCGCCGCGGCCGCCGUGGAGACGGUGACGGCCAUCUCCGUGCCCCCGGAGCCCCUGGACCUGCAGCCGCUGCACGCGGAGGGCAAAACGGUGCUCCUGAUGGAGCCGGAGCACACGCACUCGCACCCGCACCCCGACUUCAAGGAGGAGCUGGGCCACCACCCGCACGCGCACCACCACGCCAGCGAGCUGGACCUGGAGACGGUGCAGGCGGUGCAGUCGCUGACGCAGGGCGAGGCCCAGGACGAGGAGGCCGACACGCACGGGGCCUACCAGGACUGCGAGGAGACGCUGGCAGCCUGCCGCACCCUGCAGAGCUACAGCCACGCCGAGGGGGAGGAGGAGGCGCUGGCCCUGGUGGAGGACUGCGGCGCCUCGCAGCACAGCAGCCCGCUGCCCAGCGCGCCCCUGCCCGCUCUGCCCGGGCAGUCCGUGCGCUCGGUCAACAGCCCGGGCCUGACACCGGGGGCGCUGGAGUCCGGGCCGGCGGGGCCGGCGGGCGCGGCGGGCCCCACGGGAACGGGGGGAACCGGAGGCGGGGGGUACACCCAGAUCACCCCGGAACACCCCGGCUCCCUGUCGGCCCCGUCGCUGCAGAACAUGGAGACCUCGCCCAUGAUGGACGUGCCGUCCGUGUCCGACCACUCGCAGCAGGUGGUGGACAGCGGCUUCAGCGACCUGGGUAGCAUCGAGAGCACUACAGAGAACUACGACAAUCCCAGCAGCUACGACUCCACCAUGGGCGGCGGGGGCAACAGCGGCGGGAACGGCGGCAACGGGAACGGCAUGUCUGCGGCUGCUGCCGCGGCGGCCGCGGCUGCCUCCGCCUCUUCCUCGUCCGCCGCCUCCUCUUCCUCCAGCUCCGCGGCGCCUUCCUCUUCGUCUUCACAGGCCAACAGCUGCUCCUUCGUCUCGGCGCCCGGCCUCACGUCUUCCAGCGCUGGCGUCAGCUCCCAGCUCGGCCUGGGCAGCUGCAGCCUGAUCCAGCAGGCCGGGCCGGGGAGCAGCGGGGGCGGCAGCGGCGGGGGCAGCAGCGUCCCCCAGCCCCCGCCGCCGCCCCCUCCCCCGUCCGCCAACACCCCGGGCUGCGGCAUCAAGUCCCCCCAGAGCUGCGUAAUCGAGAGGCCCCCCAGUGCCAGCCAGCAGCCCCAGAAGAAGGUCCCUCCGCCCCCGCAGCAGCAGCAGGCCCCCAACCCGCAGCCCCAGCCCCCGCCCUCGGCCCCGCCUCCCCCGCCCCAGCAGCAGCAGGCUCUGUCCCAGUGCAGCAUGGGCAACGGCUUCGCCUCCACGCCCAUGAUCAUGGAGAUCCCGGAGUCGGCGGGCAGCGGCGGCGGCGGGCGCAGCCUGUACGAGCGCAUGGGCCAGGACUUCGGGGCGGGCGGCUACCCGCAGCCCUCGGCCACGUUCAGCCUGGCCAAGCUGCAGCAGCUCACCAACACUAUCAUGGACCCCCACGCCAUGCCCUACUCGCACUCGGCCGCCGUCACGUCCUACGCCACCAGCGUGUCCCUCUCCAACCCAGGGCUGGCGCAGCCGGCCCCGUCCCCGCACCCGCCCCUCCCGCAGGCCCAGCCCACCAUGACCCCGCCGCCCAACCUGAGCUCCGGCUCCGUCAACCUGCUGCAGUGCAACAUGCCGGGCGCCAACAUCGGCCUGCACCCGCCCCACACCCAGCGGCUCCAGGGCCAGAUGGCCACCGUCAAGGGCCACAUCUCCAUCCGCUCCAAGGCCGCCCAGCUGCCCGCCGGCUCCCCGCACCAGCAGCAGCUGUACGGCCGCAGCUCGGGGGCGGUGGCCAUGCAGGGCUCUCCCCGCACCCUGGCCGUGCAGCGCGGCAUGAUGCCCAACCUGAUGCCCACGCCGGCCGCCUACAACUCCAUGAACAUGAACCCGCUGAACGCCAUGCCGGCUGGGUACCGCAUGCCUCAGCCCAUGAUGAACAGCGGUUACCACGGAAACCCCCCCUACAUGAACCAGCCUGCGCAGUACCCCAUGCAGAUGCAGAUGGGCAUGAUGGGGGGGCAGGCCUACCCACAGCAGCCUAUGCAGCCCAAUCACCACGGCAACAUGAUGUACACGGGCCCCUCGCACCACAGCUACAUGAACGCCGGCGUCCCCAAGCAAUCGCCUUACAUGAGCAGAUGAGCACCGCACGGCAAAGCGAAGGCGGGGAGAGGCAGGAGGGACGGUCCACACACUCGCUGCAGGACUCCAUCUCUUCACUGUAUUAUGUGUACUUACCCUCUCCCGGGUGAGGGAGCGCAGGAGAAAGGGACUUUGAUUUCCUUUUUUGUAUGUCGUCGUUUCUGUUUUGUUCCCUCAGAAUGCUUUCCAGGCAGGCAGUGCAGGAGCGUGAGCUGGCAGGAUUGGGGGCGAUGUGUGAAUGGACCUCUCAUUCAGCAGGCAGCUCACUGUAACCCCAGGCCCGCUCUUUCCCCCUCUCGCUGUCCCAAGCUGGGCAACCCCCCGCCCCUGCCGUGUCCACUACACCACCCACCUGAGAGCAGGAGAGGAGGAGGAAGAGGAGGGGGGGGGAGGAGAGGAGGACCUGACCAGUUCGAACGAAACUGAGAACGAAAGUUAAAAAAUGUGGUUAACAAAAUAUAUUAAACCAUGCACACGAUCUUUUAAUUGACAUAGGAAGCCUUACCUAAAAAAAGAAAACAGACAAAAAAAUUGUAGAUGGACUUUCUGCUUUUUUAUAUUUUUAAAUUUUUGUUUUUUGACUGUUGAAAUGCUUGUGUGCAGUCCCAACAUCGAGUUUGUUUUUGAUUUUAUGUGUGUUUUACUGGAAAGGUGGUUUGCAGCCCUCUGUCUCUCCGACAUACACUUGCAAACACACACACACACACACACAAACUAUCGCACAUAUGCAUCUCUGUGACCACUUUGAGUUAGCGUGGAGGCACUUCUGUGUUGUAUGUGAGUGGAGGUGGUGCUGUGGGGGGUGGGGGGGUGGCGGGGCGUCCGGAGGAAGGCUGGUGCAGAAGAGGGUGCCGUGUCUGGGGUCCUUGCCUUCCCAGUACAGAACAGCAUGUGUCUGACUGCAGCCCAGAGAGGUGCUCCGACUGCUGUUCAGUCAGAAAUGUCAUGCCCUAGGCCCGAGGCGUCAGAUGCCCAUGGUUAAAUAAAGAAAACGAGCACUCCCAAAACCGCCUACUGAAUUACAGAAUAUGGUUACUAUUGUGAAUUUUUAUUUGUCAGAGGUAUUCCGGUUGUUUCCCAAAUGCCUGAGCAGUCUAACUGGAUGUCGGCCCGGGAGAUGACGCGCGUCGCUUUUUAUUCAUACAAGGAUUCCCAGAAGCACCAGUGCAGUGCAGACAGAGGGGGAAAGAGGCAUCCUUCAAGAUGCCAUAUGGAGACACUAAAGGAAAUCGGCUUUUGGGAAUUGAACCACCCCCGUGUCUCGGCUCGAAUCCUAAAGACCCAUCCCCAGGCAUCACAUUUAGACACCUCUAAUGCAGCAGCACUUCGACUAAAGAGUCAUGUAAAGAGUCUGCUGCUGUUUGAAGACUGAACCCAGAGGUGCAUGGAUCUUUGCUUCUACUGCAUACCUUGCUGUGUCUCAGACAAAGGGGAAGUGAUGGGCUUCAAGGCUUGUGAUCGAGUCUCCUUAGCCCUCCCCACACACUCACACAAGCAAACACACACCGCAUUGGGAUAUAGAUGUGAGAACAGUUUCUGUCUUGGAGUGUGUGUUCGGGGGAUAGAGACAUUGUAUCCGAUGUUCGUUGCUCCAGUAUUCAAAUUCUGAUGAGGAUACUUUUCUUACAGACCUGACGUUUCA